UCUGCUUCUCCGCGGAAGAUUAAACUGCAGCACUGUUUUGAUGAGGGACCGGCGGCGUGCGAGAGUUGGGAGUCGGUAGAUGAUUUAACGAUGUGAGCUACGUCUACAUCCAAAAACCUGCUGCAAUGGAGUUAAAAUGGAACGAUGCCCCUGUCUCUGCUCCUCUUGUGUUCUCCAGAGAUGUGUUUGACAAGUUCACCCUCGCGCCCAACGUCAAAGAACUGUUUGCUCUUUUGCACAGGAUGCAUUAUGAUUUUCUUCGGAGCUCUAAUAAAAAGUCUGAGGAGACCGGUGAGAAAGAGGCGGAUGGACCCUCAGCAGAAGCUAAGGCUGUGAAGUGUGAUGAAGGUUUGGAUGCCAGUAACAUCCCUGAAUCAGAUGAGCUCUCCUCUGAACGCACACCGACUAAAGCGAAACCCGUGAAGAGAGCUGAGAUUUCAGCCUUCCCCGAGCCUCUGGUGCCUUACCCUCGCUUCUCCACCCUCAAUUUGAAGAACCGCAAGAUGUAUCUCAACAUGCUCGUCCGCAAGAAUUACUUCAAAGCUUCAAAGUGUUUGAUGGAGCAGGUGAAGAACGAGGUGACGGAGUUCAUGAAAUACCUGCAAGAUGUUUCUAGAGCAUGUGCCGAUGGGUACAACUAUAUGCCUGCGGGCAGCAGCCGCUACACUGAGGAAUAUUUUUCAGCCUGUCUGGAACAUGUGAAGAGUUACCCGCAGGUUUACAGCAUUCAAGAGAUUACUAGUCUGACCAGCGUAAAGUUUGUGGGGGAACUCUCUCUCAACUUUGAGAAACAGCUUCUUGCUAUGGGUAAAAUAGAUAUGGUAGACAAAAAAGUCAUUGCAGAAAACACCCAGCUUCCUGUAGACUAUGAGACCGUGUCAAAUGUGCUUCCUCCAGCUAAUAAAGCAGCUUCGCUUCAUACUGUCAUCAGCAAUGACAGUAAUGCAGAAAAACUCAGCGCUACUUACGAGCCACAAGUGUGUUUAUCUAAAGAGGCCUUCCUUCAGCUCCUGAAUAACAGCUCCGAGUUCACAGAAGCCUGGGAACUCCCCAUUUGGGUCAAAAUGAAUCCCAUGAAUGGCAGCAGUCAGAGUAAGACGGCAUACAUCGAUCCUCCUCUGCUGAAGACAGAGCUGAGCUGGAGAGAGAGGAGUCUGCUGUUUCAUCAAGAGAGCGUGAAGCUGGCGUUCAAGAAAACCGUAUCACGUCCUGUGUUUUUCCUCACUUCAGAAGAGCUGCCUGUUGAAAUGCAACCUCUUUCCGAGGACAAGAUCUCCAGGAGUAUGGCUUCGUUUGAUGAUUCUGGUAUGGAUUUUGGGACCGAUCUAACAGACCUGGAGUCAUUUGGGGAGUCCUACAAGCCCAUUAAGAAAGUGAAGCAACAGAAUGAACCAAAAACAGCUUCUACAAAUCCAACUGUAACUCCGUCUCAACAUAUCCCAAACCUCAAGAAACCGACGGAGUCUGAAGGUACAACAAAACUCACCUCAACAUCUCAAGAUGCUCCCACAGAACCCUUCGAGUCAACCAUGGCUAAGGUCCAAGGAGAAGCCAACAUUUUGGCUGAUGAAGGAGAUGAUACGCUGAACAAAACCGCCAUUUCAGAAAAGGAAAGUGUGAGUGAAGCUGCAGAAGAGAAGAUGGAAAUGUCUUCUGCUCAGUGUCCUCCCACCAAGCGACCCAGACAUGUGAUGGAAGACAAAACGAAUCAUGAUUUGGAUUCUGACGAAGAACGACUAGUCAUAGAUGACAUUUUAUCCCCACGCAGACCUCAAACCCAGGUGACGGCUCCAGAAGUGUCCUCUCCAAUAGCGCCUGACCAGGGUGCAAACGCUUCAGGCAAAGGAACAAAUAAAGGCAUCAAAAGACCCCGAAUAUCUGGCGAGUGUGAUCAGCUCGGGCAGAUUCUGAAGAUGCAGGAUGCCAUGCUGAAGUCCACCCCCAGCAAGAACCAGGAGGCGAUGAAAGCCCACAUCCCAGAAGACAAAGCUCCAGAAGCUAAAACACACUCACUGGUCAAACCAUGUGUGACGUCGUAUCUGGAGUCCAGAGAGGGACAGGAAGAGGACGGCACACUUCCUGCUGACGUCCCUGUGCUGGUGGCCGCUCAAAGAAAACGUCUUCUGAAGGAGGAUCUUCAGGUCAGUGCUGAGGAUGAGAUGGACUACGAUCCUCCAGCAGAGGGCAGCGUUUUGUACAAACUCUACAGCCUGCUGGACGUCCUGCUCAUGGUGCGCAGCAGUGUGGACCUCGCUCACCCCAGACACGACACAGACACCUUCAGGGCCGUCCCGGUGCAGGUUUUACCCAAGCUGGAGUAUCAGCUGUGCUACGGAGCCGAGAGUCUGACCCACACCGAGGCCUGUCAGCUGUGGGCCGAGAAACUUCUGCACUCCAGUACUGUGUCCUUUAUAAGUCGCAUUAAUGCACACACGUCAGAAGUGGCUCAGAUGCAGUUGUUGCCCGACGACUGGAUUCAGAACGUCACCUGUGACUUCAAGCCCGCUAGAUGUUUAAACACCCUGUACCACUUACUGAAAAAAAUCUCGCUAUUACAGGAAGGACGAUACUUGUUAGUCCACAAACCUCGUGAGGGAUUCGUGACCAUCUUUAAAUCUAGCGACGAGACCAAGGCCGCUCGCGGUGUGUUCCACCUACAGCACGUGCACUGCAGACCCCCAGCUGUGUCUCCAGGGAUCCCCUGGGUUCCUCUGGACCCCUCGUGCGUCCUGCCUUUUCACCAGAAACACAACAGACCGCCCUGCACUUUCCCCCCACGGCCACCCCCUCAGGCAAAAAGUGGAACAGGACCUAAACAACGCCAGGGAAAAAACGCGGUGACACCGCCACGAGCGACCAAUCAGAAUCAGUCAACAAAGAAGCAAAAAAAGGCAAAAAAAAAAAAAGCAUGGAGAGACAAUGUGAGAGCUAAGAUGAUGAAUGACCAGCAACAAACCCAAACAAGUGAAGGUUGAAGGAAAGGAUGGAAAGCUUUGAAUUUGGAAAAAUAGAUUUUUUGUGUGUAAUUACUAUAUUCGUUAUGUUUAUCCCUAAUAUUAUGUACAGCUACUUAAAACCUAUUUUCUUUAAUCCUGUUGUGUAUAUCUACUUUUUUUGUACAUUUUGAAACAUUCUUUACCAUUAAGAAGUAAAAAAAAUCAGCACAAAUAAAUUAUUCUUUGAUAUAA